CAGGAACCCUCCACAUACUGGUGGCUAUUUCCACUGUAGUAUGUAUUUGUCAUGUUCAUCUUUCUUUCUGACAGUUCAUCUUCAUCUGGUUGUACGGCAUGGAUCAAAGAGAAAUUAUCAUGAAAAACCUGGAAAGGAUCAGAAACAGAAACCUCAACAAAGAAGAGUUCACAAACGAAUAUUUGAAACUGAAGCGGCAAUCUGCGACCUAUAGAGCAGAGAAAAUUUACCCAACAAAUGUGUCUGAGAGACCUGAAAAUAGCAGCAAAAAUCGGUAUAAAGACAUCUUACCAUAUGACCAUACCAGAGUGAAGCUCUCUUUUAUCACAUCAGAUAAAGACUCUGAUUAUAUCAAUGCAAAUUUUAUUAAGGGUGUAUAUGAGCCAAGAACCUACAUUGCUACCCAGGGUCCACUUUCCACAACUGUUGUAGAUUUUUGGAGGAUGAUUUGGGAAUAUAAAAUCUUGAUCAUUGUCAUGUCUUGCAUGGAAUUUGAAAUGGGAAAGAAAAAAUGUGAACGUUACUGGGUUGAUAUGGGUGAAUCCCCAUUGCAGUUUGGCCCUUUCUUCAUUAUCUGUGAGGUGGAAGAAAAAAGAAAGGACUAUGUGAUUCGCAAGUUGAAAGUAAAAGUGAAUGACAGUGAAAUCAGAAGCGUCUACCAUUUUCAUUAUAAAAAUUGGCCAGACCAUGACGUUCCAUCCUCAAUCAACUCUAUUUUUGAAUUUAUAAAUGAGAUGCGUUGUUACCAAGCACACAAUGAUGUACCUAUCUGUGUACACUGCAGUGCGGGUUGCGGACGAACAGGAGUUAUAUGUGCCAUUGAUUAUACCUGGACCUUGCUAAGAGAUAGUAUUCUACCAAUGAACUUCAGCAUUUUUAAUAUGAUUCAGGAAAUGCGCACACAGAGACCUUUGGUGGUGCAAACUCAGGGUCAAUAUAAGUUGGUCUAUGAUGCAGUGAUCGAACUCUUUAAAAGGCAGAUUGAAGCAUUCUCCAGUCAUUCUGAUCCUGUUAUUAUAGAGACUGGAAUAAAUCAUCCUGAAGCCAAUAUACCUCAGGAUCCACAUAGGGAAAAGUCUUGUAUAAAGCCACCAAACAGUUCUGAACAAGAGCAUCAGGAGAAAGCUCGGUGUCCUGGUUGUGCUACACAAAGCUUAAACAUCCUUGACAGAAACAGAGAUGGUGCUUCUUUGGUCAGGCCAGCACUUUCUGUUGGAGCAUUGAACCCUAUUGCCAGCAGAAACACAGGAUGGAACUCUUGGCUGGCAAAACAGCCACUCCACAAACAUCACAGUUUGGACUUCAGUUGUUGUUUUUUGACUGAUCCGCUUCUCACUGUGAAAAUGGAUGAUAAAACUGGAAUGGGCUUAGAUACCAAAGUGCACCCUACCCAGGCCAAAUCUACUCCUUUUCAAUCACAGAAAAUACUGCAGCCGUUGGCAAAAAUGGAUUCAGGAUCUGGCCAGUGUGAAGGCUUUCAACUGGACUCAAGCCUUUCAAACAAACUGACAAACAAUGCCCCACACUAUAAGCUCAAGAAUUUGUGCCACCAGCACUGUAUAUGGUCAUCAGAAGACCCUUAUUUUUCUUCUCUCUCAUCAGAAGAACCAUGCUCCCCAGCACAUCUUGAGUCUGCUCUCAAUCCCCCUAGAACAGUUUCUUCAUCUUCUGCUGUAGUCUCUACAGACCAAUCUUUGGAGAGCUCAGAGCCCAGCUAUUCAUUGUUCAACCCUCCAGCCCAGGAUACCAAUCCUUUGGAUGCAGUCUGCCACAGUUUUCCCCAGCAUGAUGAAGAUAUUCCUCCGCCCCUGCCUGAGAGAACCCCUGAAUCUUUUAUUGUACUUGGAGAAGAGAAUGAGCUCCAGCAGUUGGAUAAGCCUUUGUUAGCAGCUUCAGAUCACCAGCUACCAUCUGAAAACAACAAAUCAAAUAUAUCUACGGAAUGGAGCAGCACAUCUCAGCUGAGACUUUCUGUUGACUCAGUGAGACGGAGACCCAAUAAGAGUGGAAAGUUACAGAGGCCUAGAUCAGAAUUCCACUGGAACCGAUCUUCUUCACCCCCUACUCCCCCACUUCCAGAGAGAACUCCUGAAUCAUUUCUUCUUGCAGACGAGGACUCUUGUCCAUCUGUUACAAACAAUUUAGUGAACCUUGGAGACCUUCAGAUUAAAUCGGUAAAGGAGACGACAAAGGAGGCAGGCAACUUCAGAAGGAGCAAGAGUUUGAAAAUUUUACGAAAUGUGAAAAACAGUAUUUGGAACCCACCUUCACUAGUAAGAGCUCCGGAACAUAAUCAGUCAAAUCAUCACAACUCUAUUCUGAGUUUUGGCUUUGCAAACCGAUUUUCCAAACCCAAAGGACCAAGAAAUCCACCACCAAAUUGGAAUAUUUAGAAG